AUGGGUGACGCUUCUUAUGUCAUUGGCAUUAAGAUUAAAAGAGACAGAGUUCGUAGAAUUUUGGGCUUGUCACAAGAGGCUUAUAUCAAUAAGGUCUUAGAGAGGUUUCGGAUGAAAUAUUGUUCACCAAGUGUAGCACCUAUUGUGAAGGGUGAUAGGUUCCAUUUGGAACAAUGCCCGAAGACCGAUUUUGAGAGGGAACAAAUGCUUAAUAUUCCAUAUGCUCCCGCUGUUUGGAAGCCUAAUGUAUGCUUAGGUCGCACACGGCCUGACAUUGCAUUUGUAAUUGAAGACUUACACCAUCAAAGUGAGAUUGUGGAAGGUUUAGAAGAGCCUCAACUUCUUCAAGCAGGAGCAAUGGCUGGAGGCAUGGGAAUAACUGAUGGCAAAGUAUCACUAUAUCACUGUAAUUACUGCAAAAAAAAUAUUUCAGGGAAGAUUCACAUCAAAUGCGCUGUGUGUCAAGAUUUUGAUCUCUGCAUAGAGUGCUUCUUUGUUGGUGCUGAGUUGACUCCUCAUAAAAGCAAUCAUCCAUAUCGGGUUAUGGAUAGUCUAUCUUUUCCGCUUACAUCUCCAGAUUGGAGUGCAGGUGAAGAGAAGUUACUUAUUGAGGCCAUUGACAUGUAUGGGUUUGGGAAUUGGAACGGUGUUGCUGAAAAUGUUGGGACAAAAAGCAAAUCUCAGUGUAUUGACCACUAUAAUUCUGAUUUGUCUUAUUCUAUGGGAAAGAACAAAGAGGAACUCCUUGCCAUGGCAAAGGGACAUCAACUCAAGAAAGAUUUUCCUUCAAAUGCAGAAAUGACUCUGAAAGAACCUCACCUUUCUGAUGGAAUGAACUCUGAAGAAUCCAAGAAGGCAGAGACCACUAAUCAAAACAUGUCUAGGCCAACCUCAGCACGCGAUGAAGCUCUUCCAAGUAUAACCAAGAAGGCUUCCAAUGUGAACCAAAAUAAUGAUGGAGUUAAGGUGGAAGAAUCUCAAGCAGGUUGGAGUGCUGGUGAAAAGAAACCUAAAUUAUCUGGGGAAUAUAAGCCAUCUAUGGAAGUGUUGAGAGGGUACAAUUCUAACAGAGGUGAAUUUGAGAUUGAAUACGACAAUGAUGCUGAGCAAGUUUUGGCAGAAAUGGAAUUUAAGGACACUGAUACUGAAGCUGAACGUGAAAUGAAACUGCAGGUGCUCCGUGGCUACGGAAAAAAGUUAAAUGAACGAAAGCGCAGAAAAGAAUUUAUACUUGAAAGAAACUUACUUUGUCCAGAUCCUUUUGAGAAAUUUCUCUCACCUGAAGAGCUUCAAAUAUGUGAACAGUACAAGGUCUUCAUGCGGUUUCACUCAAAAGAAGAGCAUGAGGAGUUGCUCCAAACUGCUAUUCGAGAACACCGACUGGCCAAAAGAAUAAAAGACUUAAAGGAAGCUAGAAUUGCUGGCUGUGUAACUUCUGAUGAAGCUUAUCAAUUUAUUGAACAAAAGAGGACAAAAGAAGCUGAACAAGGUAACUGUAAAGAAAGUGGUCAGAUUGGAACAAGUGGCAAGACAGAAUCAUUUCCUAGUACCAAGGAUGCACCGCCAGCCAUACAAGCUAUCACAAAGACACUAGAAGAAUGGGAUAUCAGUGAUUUUGAAGGGGCUGAAUUGCUAUCUGAAUCUGAGAUAAAGCUUUGUAAUGAGAUCAGAAUGCUACCACCCAUCUUCCUCAACAUUACGCGGAUCAUGCAGUUAGAAAUUUCAAAGGGUAGAGUAACCAAGAAAUCUGAUGCAUAUCCACUGUUCAAGUUCUCUCCAAGCAAGAUUGACAGAAUUUAUGACAUGCUUGUGGAAAAAGGAGUUGUUCAAGCAUAAUGAUAUGCUUUUGUAUUCUGUAAAAGUGUAAAUGGUUACACCUUAUGGUCAAUUUUGUACCAUUUUAUUUGUUGUCAGCUUCUAUGCCCAUACAGAAAUAAUUAGAAAAAGAACUUCGUUAAUACACACCUACCAGAAAAUAAGAAAGAGAUAACUCAUUUUAAA